AUGGGGGAGCAGCUGAAAAGACUCACAGCAAACAUUGGACUCCCCCUGGAUCUGCUUGAAAAACAUGACACUUGGUCAGCUUAUGUCAUACACACCUCCCCGAUGGUAAAACGACUCAUUGAGAAGAGCAAAACCCCAGAGCUAGAGUGCAUAUUUGCUGUGGACGGAAGCCAGCGGCCACAGCGGCCCAGCAAGCUCUGCAACUUCAUGCAGCUGAAAAGGAAAAAGCCCUCCAAGGACUCGGGCGAGAUCCUGCUCAAGGAUACCCUGUCGGAGACCAUGCUGUCAAUGUGGGGCACUUAUUCCAUCGCCAACCUGAGCCCUGCUGCUGCCCCAGAACCCGCACACUUAAAAACAGAAUCCAGAGACAGUCCCACCACAAACUAUAACAAGAUUGUUUUCUCCCGAAUUCCUGCCAUGAAGACGCUCCCGUACGCCACCCUGCAGACCAACAAGAAGAAACAUGACAACGUGCAGAAGGGAUUCCUGUAG